GGGUUUCCCAGGGAAACCAGGAAGCCCAAGUGGGGACUGGGGUUGGGCUCCUCUCGUCCCCUCCUCCUUCCUGGGCUGGUUGAACCAGGAAGUGAAGUUGGGGCUGCUGGAGGAUUCAGAAGAGGAAGCCCAGGCACCUGAGCAGGGGGAGAGACCUGGGCAGCUGGAUCCGGUUGUGCAUGAAGUCUUUGCGGGCUGUUCUGCUCACAGCUGCAGUGGGGAGGCCAUGACGACAUUAACUCACCGGGGACGGCGGGCUGAGGUCGGAAGGAACACUGACAAGCGGCCGGAAGGCGAGGAGGACUCUCCGCUGGACGCGCAGCUGGGAGAUGGAGACUCCGGCGAUUCCAAAGACAUCCGCUUGACCCUCAUGGAGGAAGUCCUUCUCCUGGGCUUGAAGGAUAAAGAGGGCUACACGUCCUUCUGGAAUGACUGCAUCUCCUCAGGCCUACGGGGUGGCAUCCUCAUCGAGCUGGCGCUGAGAGGGAGGAUACAGCUGGAGCCGCAAACCAUGAGGAAAAAACGGCUCCUGGACCGCAAGGUCCUCCUCAAAUCUGAUGCCCCCACUGGGGACGUGCUUCUGGACGAGACUCUCCGCCACCUCAAAGCCACCGAACCCGCUGAGACGGUGAUGACGUGGAUAGAGCUGCUGACGGGCGAAACCUGGAACCCCUUCAAGCUGCAGUACCAGCUGCGCAACGUGCGUGAGCGGAUUGCCAAGAACCUGGUGGAGAAGGGGAUCCUGACGACGGAGAAACAGAACUUCCUCCUCUUCGACAUGACCACCCACCCGGUGACCAACACCACCGAGAAGCAGCGGCUGGUGAAGAAGCUCCAAGAGAGUGUUUUGGACCGGUGGGUCAACGACCCCCACCGCAUGGACAGGCGGACUCUAGCGCUUCUGGUACUGGCCCACGCCUCCGACGUGCUGGAGAACGUCUUCACCAGCCUGCCCGACGAGAAAUACGACGUCGCUAUGAACAGAUCCAAGGAUCUGCUGGACAGAGAGCCCGAGGUGGAAGCUGCCAAGACGGGCAGUGUGGAAAUGAUAUGGGCGGUCUUGGCCGCUUUCAACAAGUCUUAAAUCCUCCCCAGAGAGUUUCCACCUUCCCCCUCUAGGAAUCAGAACUCUCGCUCUGUGGAACGUCCCACGCUGCAUGGCGACAGCUGAUGGAGCCUACUUCCUGCCAUGCCCACUCUCGCCCAACUCUAGACAAUAGGGGGUGAUGGAGAAUAUUCUCUGUUGGAAUGCCGAUAUCUUCACCACCAUUUGCUCCAGUUUGGGGACUGUUGGAUUACAAGAAGGAGCAAAGAAAUCUAUAUCAAUUGUUUCUCUCUCCUGCCCUACCCACCCAGCCUCUUAAUUUUUUCAUACCCCCCCCCCCAAAAAAAAAACAACUAAAUGAAGGCCUGUGUCUGAUGGAACUGAAUUGAAUUGCAUCUCUUAUUUUUUUUAUUUCAAACUCUCUUCUUUUUUGAUGUUUUUAGGAAGGAAGGAAUUGUGACGUGAGUUCUUUGAGUUUUGUUUUGUUUUGUUUUUAAUUUCGCCUUCUGUUUCGGCCCUGUCUCGUUUUUUUUGGUCUGAGCGGCUCCAGUUUGUCUCCGCUCUUCCGUGUGUUUGUCUGCAAAAGAUCAUUACAGCACAACUUCUAUGCA